CCUCCCCUCCCCCGCCUCCUCCCCGCCGGUCCCGUCUCCAGCGGGAGCGCGAGACGCUGGUCAGGCUCCGGCGCAGCUCGAAAAUGCAUCCUCGCCCCCGGCGGACCUAGACGCCGCCGCCGCCGGCUUCCGCGCGCGGGGUCGCGUGCGUCCUCCAUCCUGCCUCCGAAAAGCGAAUCAAAACACAAAGCCAGCCAGCCAACCAAGACUCCGGUUUGUUGAUCGCCUUAUUUUUUUUUUUUUUUUUCACCGCUUGCGGGAUUCGCAAACCGCGUUACAUGCAUGUCCAGUGGGGGCAGGUUUAAUUUUGACGAUGGAGGGUCCUACUGCGGAGGCUGGGAGGACGGCAAGGCGCACGGCCAUGGCGUCUGCACCGGCCCGAAGGGCCAGGGCGAAUACACCGGCUCGUGGAGCCACGGCUUCGAGGUGCUGGGCGUCUACACCUGGCCCAGCGGCAACACGUACCAAGGCACUUGGGCGCAGGGCAAGCGCCACGGCAUCGGCCUGGAGAGCAAGGGGAAGUGGGUGUACAAGGGCGAGUGGACGCACGGAUUUAAGGGGCGCUAUGGGGUGCGGGAGUGCACGGGCAACGGGGCGAAAUACGAAGGGACCUGGAGCAACGGACUGCAGGACGGCUACGGCACGGAGACCUACUCGGAUGGAGGGACCUACCAGGGCCAGUGGGCCGGCGGCAUGCGCCAGGGCUACGGCGUGCGGCAGAGCGUCCCGUACGGCAUGGCCGCCGUCAUCCGCUCGCCCCUGAGGACGUCCAUCAACUCGUUGCGCAGCGAGCACACCAACGGCGCGGCGCUGCACCCCGACGCGUCCCCGGCGGUGGCCGGCAGCCCGGCCGUGUCCCGCGGCGGCUUCGUGCUGGUGGCGCACAGCGACUCCGAGGUCCUGAAGGGCAAGAAGAAGGGCCUGUUCCGGCGCUCGCUGCUCAGCGGCCUGAAGCUGCGCAAGUCGGAGUCCAAGAGCAGCCUGGCCAGCCAGCGCAGCAAGCAGAGCUCGUUCCGCAGCGAGGCGGGCAUGAGCACCGUGAGCUCCACGGCCAGCGACAUCCACUCCACCAUCAGCCUGGGCGAGGCGGAGGCCGAGCUGGCCGUCAUCGAGGACGACAUCGACGCCACCACCACCGAGACCUACGUGGGCGAGUGGAAGACCGACAAGCGCUCGGGCUUCGGCGUGAGCCAGCGCUCCGACGGGCUCAAGUACGAGGGCGAGUGGGUGAGCAACCGGCGGCACGGCUACGGGUGCAUGACCUUCCCCGACGGCACCAAGGAGGAGGGCAAGUACAAGCAGAACGUGCUGGUGGGCGGCAAGCGCAAGAACCUCAUCCCGCUGCGGGCCAGCAAGAUCCGGGAGAAGGUGGACCGCGCGGUGGAGGCGGCCGAGCGGGCGGCCACCAUCGCCAAGCAGAAGGCCGAGAUCGCCGCGUCCAGGACCUCCCACUCACGGGCCAAGGCUGAGGCAGCUCUCACGGCGGCUCAGAAAGCCCAGGAGGAAGCUAGGAUCGCCAGGAUCACUGCCAAAGAGUUCUCACCUACCUUCCAGCACAGGGAAAACGGGCUCGAGUACCAGAGGCCGAAGCACCAGAUUUCCUGCGAUGACAUCGAGGUGCUCUCCACCGGGACACCCCUGCAGCAGGAGAGCCCCGAGCUGUACCGCAAGGGCACCACCCCCUCCGACCUGACCCCCGACGACAGCCCCCUGCAGAGCUUCCCCGCCAGCCCCUCUGCCACCCCUCCGCCGGCCUCCAGGAACAAGACGGCGCACUUCUCCCGGCAGGUGUCGGUGGACGAGGAGCGCGGGGACAUCCAGAUGCUCCUGGAGGGCCGCGGAGGGGACUACGCCCGGAACAGCUGGGGCGAGGAGCAGGCCGGGGGCCCCCGGGGCGUGCGCAGCGGGGCGGUGCGCAGCGCCCAGCACACGGAGGACUUGCGCGCUCGGGGCGCGGGCCACCGGCAGCCUGGGAACCCCAAGCCCCGGGAGCGGCGGACGGAGUCCCCCAGCGCGUUCUCGUGGACUUCCCACCACCGAGCUGCCAAUCCCUGCUCCGGGGGCCCCAAGCUGCCCGAGCCGGACGAGGAGCAGCUGAGCAACUACAAGCUGGAGAUGAAGCCCCUGCUGAGGAUGGACGCCUGCCCGCAGGACGCGCACCCCCAGCGCCGGCGGCACAGCCGGGGUGCAGCGGCCGAGCGGCGCUGCGAGGACCGGGGCUUCGGGCUGCAGAGACUGAGGUCCAAGCCCCAGGCCAAGGAGAACUUCAGGCCGGCCUCCGCUUCCGAGCCCGCGGUGCAGAAGCUGGAGAGCCUGCGGCUGGGGGACCGGCCCGAGCCCCGGCUGCUGCGCUGGGACUUGACCUUCUCCCCGCCCCAGAAAUCCUUGCCUGUGGCCCUGGAGUCUGAUGAGGAGCCCGGGGACGAGCUCAAGUCCAGCGCGGGCUCAGCUCCCAUCUUGGUUGUCAUGGUGAUCCUGCUUAACAUCGGAGUCGCCAUUUUGUUUAUUAACUUUUUCAUCUGACAAGAUUGUCGCGCCGCAGAAGCAACGAUGUACAAAUGGAACAUUAAACAGGAAACAAAAAGGGAAAGAUCCUGCCUCGGACAGCCCCACGACUCCGUCUUUCCACAGAAGAACAACAUGACUGGGUAUCACUCACAGUUUGCCUUUUUUUCUGGGUAAUGUUUUUUGGAUUUUAGCCAAAAUUCUUUGCUUGUGUAACUGCUGUGUGGCAUGGCAGAAGGUGGCCAGCACGCUGCCCCUCCAGCUUGGUGUGAAAGAAGAGGUCCCAGCAGUCCAGCGGCCAGAGGAUCAGCAUCUUCGAGCUUCCUGCUGGGGGGUGGAAGGGGGCCACGGCCAAGGUGCCGGCUAGCCAGGCGAGGGGGAGGCAGCUAGGGAGUGCCAGCCUGGCAGGGGGUGGCACUGCCCUCCCGUUAGCUGGCAGAGUGGGCACGAGGCCCUAGGACAGGGCAGCCCAGGCUGCUUUCUGCUCUGAAUCUGCUGCGUACCUGUGGGAGGAGAGGGAAGCCAAGCCCCUGCUCUUCUCCCCAGGAACAGACCACGAUCCCCCUUCUCGGCACUGCCCCACGGCCCUCCUCAGGAGGCCACCACACCGGGUCUUACAGCAAAGUCCUCCCUGCUGUCCUCUGCUCACUCAUUGUCGGCCCUGUCCAGCCAUCCUCCCUCCAGAGCCAGGGAGGCCGUGCUGCAGCCGUCCAGGGCCAACCCCGAUCUGGCUAGGCGCACCUGAGCCCUGAUGCCAAGGGGGCAUGGUCCAUGUGCCCCGGACAGCCUGACAGCACGCCUGGGCUCUGAGCAUGUGGCGUUUUGCACCUAGUAUGCAGGAUGUAUAUUCAGGCUUCCGUGUCCCUGGCAGUGACGCCCCAUGAAGGACGUCACCUCUCACUGACCUCCACGGGGUCUCACAUCUUUGCACUGUGCCUGCCUCGACUUCCCCAAACAGAUAUGCAUAUUCCCUCCAGAUGCCUCAGUGCUACUCCAGAGCCAGUCUGGUCCCGGGACAGGAAUGUGGUUGAAACCCAGUGGCUUGAAUGUCCUGGAGACUGUUGCAUACCCAGCACUCCCUGGAUGUACAAUGUAACUUGUUUCAGUCAAACAACAGGCUCCUCAUGUCUCUGCCUUCUCUACCAGGGUUGUUCCCUCAUCCAAACAAAUGAACAAGGGUUGCCAGCCUGCCUGGCCCUCCCGUGGCUCUGUCCGUCUUCUUGGAUGCAGCCCGUCUUGUCUUAUGGACUCUGCCUUGCUUUGCUUACGUUCAGCUGUCUCUGCUCCCUUUCAAGCAGAUUUCUUUACUACACUGCACUGGAUUGCUAUAUUUUUAACCAGAAAUAAACUACAGAUUAGAGCAUGUUCCAGCUACACUCAGUUUAUUGCUUCCGUUACCACCCACUGCCCGUCCCUUCUCCCAGGCUGGUUUGGUUUGGGGGUCGUGGGGAGGGCUCAGCAGGUGACCCGGUGCAUUUCUGGUGAUUGUUUCUAAGCGGUUACAUCUUUUUGUACAGCUUACUUUUCCGGUCCUCUUUUUUAAAAUCAAGUGGUCGCUGCAGGUCUGGCGUGAAUCAAAUAAAGAUCCUGCUCUUCGCAGCUCUGAGAA